GCUGCAGCCGCAGGCGGGCGGGGCGCUACGCGGCGGCGGGCAGAACCGGACCGGACCGGGUGCUGAGGGCACCGCUGGGUUCUGUCAGGCAGCGAGCAUCGCGGCCAUGGGGUGCCGGGCCGGCGUUGUCGCGGCCGCUUCUUUCCUCCUCCUGUUCCGCUGCGCCGCCGCGGCCUCCCUUGUGCUGCGCGGCCGGCUGGGGAAGGGCAACGAGAGACCCAUCGUUGGGAUAUUGGCACAAGAAUGUCAUUUCGAGAAGUUCCACAGAUUUGGAAGUUCUUACAUUGCAGCCUCAUACGUGAAGUUUUUGGAAUCUGCUGGUGCCCGAGUUGUGCCAAUAAGAUUAAAUCUUUCAGAUGAAGAAUACGAUAAAAUAUUCCACUCUAUUAAUGGGGUACUUUUUCCAGGAGGUGGUGUGGAUCUUAAGACUUCAGAAUAUUCCAGGAUUGCUAAGAUAUUUUACCACAAGGCAUUAGAGGCUAAUGAUAAAGGAGAUUAUUUCCCAGUGUGGGGAACAUGUCUAGGACAUGAAGAACUUACGUAUCUCACAAGUGGCGAAGUUUUGCUUGUUAACACCAAGACAGAUGGUUUUGCACUCCCUCUGAACUUCACUUCAGCUGCCAAAGAGAGUAGAUUAUUCAAGAAUUUCCCUGAUGAUGUGUUACAUGCAUUUGCUACUGAACCAGUGACAUCAAACUUUCAUAUGUGGAGCCUCUCCAUGGAGAAUUUCACAAAGAAUGAAAAACUUCGUAAUUUCUAUAACGUUCUGACCACUAACACUGACGGUGAAGUGGAGUUUAUAUCUACCAUGGAAGCAUACAAAUAUCCAAUAUAUGGUGUCCAGUGGCAUCCAGAGAAAAAUCCUUUUGAGUGGAAGAAUACGCCAGGAAUUCCACAUUCUCCAUCAGCUGUAAGAGCAGCAUAUUAUAUAGCUGACUUUUUCGUUAAUGAAGCCCGGAAGAGCUUACACCAUUUCUCCAGUGAGGAUGAGGAAACAAAGGAAUUGAUUUAUAAUUAUACUCCAAUAUAUACAGGAACAUUUUCUUCAUUCCAGCAAAUCUAUUUUUUUGAUUGAGUGUCAUGUCAAAGAUGUAGUGUUGCUAUUUAUAAAAGGAAUCAUUUGUCAGGAUUGCAUAAUUUGCACUGCACAUGACAAAGCCAGAACAGCUCUCUUCUUUUACAAUUAUUAACUUUGGGUUUCUUCUGCACUCUUGGACCAUUAAUUUAAACAUUUACAUUCAAUAGUUUGCCUGAGUCAUACUUCAAGGGAAGCUACAGAAAAACACAUUUUUACUUCAAAGAAGAGAUACAGAUUAUGUUUAUAAACUUUAAAGUAAUUGGGUUAUUACAAGGAAAACACCAGAUUCAUAUAUUUUAAAAUGAGGGUUAUAUUAUAAAAAUGUUUUGGACUAGGUGCAUAGCUUAGUAUAAUUCUAUCCUUUUCAAAUGAUUUACAACAAAUGAGACUUCUGAUCAUAAGUUUGUUGCAAAUACAUGUAUGUAAUCAAAUUGCUGUAUUUUGUUAUUUCACAAAUUAAAAAUAGUUAAUGAAGUAUGAUAGCAAAAAGACAAUUUUGAUCAAAAAGCACAUUAUAUCCCAUUUGUGAAGCUGUUUCUCUUGUACAUUCUGCAUUGUUUGGAGUGCUUACUGUAAAGCAGGUAUUGCAAAUAUUAGAUGAAAUAAGAAAAUUUGGAGGGCAUAUUAAAGUGCUGAUUUCACUUUCUCUUAUUUUCAAAUUCACUUUUAUUUAUCUUCCAGUAAUUGUCUGAGGGUAACUGGAAUCAGCAGAUAGAUAUGAGAUAAAGACAUCUAUUUCUUUGUAGCUAAAAGAAUGUAAACCUAAUUUUUUCUUUACAUGCUCUGACUUUUUCUGCAGCUACUGGGGAGAAUUCACACUUUGAAUCAAGAGGUAGUUUGUCAUUAAUAGUAAAACCAGUAGUUUCAGUCUUAUUUGAUAUUUAAUGCAACUAGAAUUCAAACAACAGGUGAAUGUAUAUGAGAAACCUAUUCGUGUUGACAUAAUUUGGUAAUCCAGUUGCAUUCAUUACACUGUUACACCUUUUUUUAAAGUUGCUUUGCUUUCACCUAAUGAAAAUUCUGUUCAGUGGUUCUGUGUGGUGUUCAAAAAGGGACUAAGAUGAGACAAUCAAAUAUAACUCUCUCCACUGUUGCACAGCUUCCAAACUCUUUUUGAAGUCUGGAGUUUUUGAAGAAUUUGGCUUUGUACCUCAGCUCUGUUUUGUAGUAACUUAUAUGCUCAAGUACCAUAUCUGAAUAAAGUUGGUACACUUCUCAGGUUUUUCAAGUAAAGAACUGUCUAACUUGUUGUUUAUCAUGAAACAACUGUGUAAGAGAAUUUAAAAUGCAUUUGUAAAAAAAAAAACAAACCAAAACCACAAAAGGAAAUAUUAACUGUGACUACCAGAAAGAUACUACCAGGUAAUUACAAGCACAAAUGUGAUAUUGCAGACAAUUUCUAUAUUUGUCAGAUGAGCCAAAUUACAUAAAUGGCAUGGUUUUUUUUAAUAUAGAUGAGUUUAUUAUAUUAACUGUACCAGCUGACUUCUGAGUAGAAUGAAGAGUAAAAAGUGCUCUACAGCUCUACACCUUUGUAUAAAAGUAGCAGCUAAGAUUCUUACAAACCAAGUCCAGUCUUCUUACUCAAUCUGAGUCUGAGCUCUUAAGAAUUUGCAUAAGUAAGGAAAGGAGGAUUUAGCCUUAAAAGGCAGGGAUCAGUCAUGCAAAGGAAAUGUCUGUUUACUACAUCAGUAGCAAUUAGUUGCUAGUUGUGUAACUGUAAGGAAUAUUGUGUGUAAUAUGAUGGGAGAGCAGUAUAUUUAUUAUGAAUUUGUACGUGUCUUUUCUUUAUGGCCUUUUCUUGUAAAGCCUUAUUUGAAUGGUGUCCGUGAUUUUUCUAUGACAAUAAACUUUUAU